ACCGAGCACGAGACAAACAUGGAGGGAAAGAGCGGCGACGCGUCCCCCACAGCGCCGAAACUUCUCUCUCCUGCUCAGAAACAGGCCCUUAAAAGACAGCAGGAGCUGGAGCACUGGAAGAGGCACUCGAAACAGCUGCGGAGCCGCAAUUUGAUCACGGGCCUGACCAUCGGAGCCUUUGUUAUAGGCCUAUUCAGCUACACCAUUCUCUCAGUCAGACAGGAGAGAGUCAUGGGUGAGAUCGACGAUGAGGCGAAGGUCUUCAUCAUGAAAGGCCCUCGGACGGGGGCCAACUCUUAGGCGCCGAAUGUUGGGAUGUUUGAGACUCUCUCUCGAUGCGUUAUCAACGAACGUAUUUCCCAGUGGCCACUUUAAAUGGCACAAAGCAGAAUGUGUCAACUGUUGUGUUUUUCACAAAGGAAUGAUUUCAUUACGUGCUUAUUUAUUUGAAUCAUUCCCGGUUUGCCUUUUUUAUGUUAGCUGCUGUAACUUAAAAAUAAAACAAAAAUGGUUAUUGAA